AUGUCGCUCCCCAAGACCACCGCCCUCUCCUCACUUGCUUUGCUGGUGGUAGUGGCCAUCCUCGCCACCCCCACCGCCCUUGCCACCGCCACCGACGUGGCCCUGGUAUCACCCAUGGCCACAGGCACCACCACCACCACCAACACGGCACCCAUGCUGCUGCGAUCGGGCGGAGCCGACAAAGCAUGGAGUCUGUGGCACAAGAUGGACGGCCUCUCUGCCGCAUACUCGCUGGCCACACAGCAGACAACCGUCCUGGUGCUGGGAAAGGAGACGACAAGCGGCAACACCGUGGUCAUGGCCUCCACCGAUGGAGGCAGCUCAUUUGCGGCAGAGCCUCUCUUCUCGCUCUCGCCGCAACCGGCUGCGCCGUUCUUCAUGGCUUGGUCUUCGGCUUCUGAUCGCAUCUGGCUCACUGCCGGCCAUGCUGAUCCGCUGCCGGUCCCGCAGCUGUGGAUGUCGUCGGACGGCGGAAAGGACUUUGUGGCCGAGAGCGUCCUCCCGGGUCUCGAGUACAACGCCACCACCCAUCCCCUGGCCUCGUACGGCCGAGCCGUGUUUGGUCAGUACAACACCUCGCGCGGCGCAAUGGUCGUCCGCUACUACAUCGGAGAAGGCUCGUCGGCGACAAACGACGCGCUGGCUGUUACCGCAGACGGUGGCGAGUCGUGGCAACUCGUCGAUCUCGCCCUGCCGGCGCUGGGUGCCACCUUUGCCCGCUCAUUCGAUACCCAGCUGGCCGUCGGUGACGACACCAUUGUGGUGAGCUCGGCGUAUCGCGCGGCCGACGACUCGGCGUCGGUGGUCUGCUACGUCGCUGACUUGUUUGCUGCUCUUGAGUCGGCGACCCCGUGGAUCUCCAAGUCGUGGCAGACGCUGCUGCCGUGCGCGGCGGCGUCGGGAGGAACCGCAACUACCACGCUCGUGCUUCCGCCCAACGAGUCGGCUACUCUCUCGCGCGCGUCGGUUGAUGGCACCCGGUUGCUCACCAUGCUCCCGUCGCCCGGCUCAGGCGGCGCGCUCUCCAACGCCGACUGGUCCGAGUGGACUCUUGUCCACACACCGAUUGCCGGUGCUCCGAUGGUGCCCAUCAAGCUCGAGAGCACUUAUGUCGGCUUUGCCUCGACAGGGACUGGAUGCGAGCUCUACGCCUCCAACUACGUCGGGGGCACGCUCUUUGCGCCCAAGCGGGUGUUUGGUGGGGUGUCGGGCGUGUCCGAGUGCCACUUUCGCGGCAUCUAUACCGACAUUAUUGAGCGCGAGGUCGACGCGCGAGUCGCGGCAUUGCCCGACGAGCAAGUUGCUGGGAAUGUCCGCGCCGCCACGCCCUCGCCGCCGCCGCCUCGGAUGGUGGGGGACUGGCUCGGAGUCGGGACGCGGGCCAGCUCGUACGAGCCCGUCGUCUUCCAGAUGAAGCUUGCGGCGCCAGUGGGCAAGGACAAGAAGCCGCCGCCAGCCGACGCUGUUCCGAGCAUCGACUGGGUCCACCAAGUCGCACAGAUCGACGUCAACUGCCCGGGCUGCCGGGCCGAGCCGUAUGCUGUAAGCUCGGCAGAUGGCCACAUUGCGGUUGUCGCCGACAACACGGUGUACGGCUCGCACGACGGCGGGUACGCCAUGCAGCUCGAGCUUGAUCAGCAGUUCUGCUGGCAGCUCGGCAAGCUGGUGGUGGCCGACACCACGGCUAGUGCCAAGGCAUCGGUCCUGUACGCGUCGUGCGCCGUGCCUGAGGGCUCUACCCGCGCGCCGUUUUUCUUCCGCGCGCAGUUUGGCAGCGCUGCGCUCGGAAGCGUUCUGUGGACACUCAUGACGGUGCCGAACGGGCUAGUCGACGGCGUGCUCUCGGUCGAGGACAUUGUGUUUGGCGAAGGGCCCGGCCACACAGCCAACGGACUGUUGCUGGCGGCGUGCGGCAUCGACACGGCACCGGUUGCGUGCUUUUACAAGACAGCCGACUCUGGUACGAGCUGGGAAGCCUACACGCCGCCUGUCUUUGUCGACAGUCGCGUGUCGACAGUCGCGGUCGCGGGCACGACAUCGGUGUACGCGGUGUACUUGUCCGAGACGCCCAAGUCGCCACAGACACCGUUCAUCAUGCACGACGUGUUUGCCACAGGCGCGUCUUCGAUUGCGCUCCCGCUCUCAAGCGCAGUCACCGUGCCCGCUGUCGAGAUGCUGUACGGCACAGCGAUUGUGCUGGCCUACAACGGGGCGUCGAGCGGCGACGACCUCGAACUGCAUGUCUCGUCGGACUCGGGCGCAACGUGGGCGCCGUUCAAUCUGCCGCUCUCGACAACUGCCAAGGCCGGUGUGGUCUUUGCCGCCGUGCCCAACGUCGGCGCGUAUGGAACCCAGUACUUGCUGGUCACUUCGUCGACGGUCGCCGGUACUAUGUAUCUGGCGCCGACCGCGGCGCUCGCCGACCAUCCGGACAAAGUGCCGUGGAGCCAAGCUGCGGGCGCGCCCAACUACCGCAUCACUUCGCUCUUCCCGCUCGCCGACGGCUUCCCACCGGCGCCGGCGAGGCGAUCGCCAAGCAAGCCUGCUCUCUCUGUCGGCGCCAUUUUCGCCAUUGUGUUUGUCGUCAUUUCUGCUGUCGGCGGCGCCAUCGCCUACAUCGUCAAGCGCAGAAAAGGUCCGACCGGCGGCUCCAUCAACUACACCUCAUUCUGAAGAAGCCAACCCGGCGACCAGUUGACUAAAAUCCAA